AUUGAAGAAAAUUCGGUCUUAAUGAUGCACACAGUGUAGGUUGUUGUACUAGGUGAAGAUGUCCAUUUUGUCUACUUGCCAGGCCCCCCCACCAGAAGGCUGGGUGAGUGUGGGAGAAUACGAGGCGAGGUUCGUUGCCCAGCCUGCAAACACCUCUCCUGUGGCCAGGACCAGAGCACAGGGCCUGUCGAGAACGGUGUAUCCGGACAUUACGGUGGAGUGUGAGGAAAGUGGAGGUCAUGUGAUACAGGAAUCGUUGUUCCUGCCGCCCACUCAAGAGUACCCUUGGAAGAAGGCCUGGAAUACCAUGUGGGACGACGGUCUGCUACCAGCUCUGGAGGGGCUGGAAGAAGAUACAAAUGAAAGUGAUCAUGAAGGCACAGCAACGCGACUAGCACUGGGUGUACUCCAGUAUAUCAGGAAAGCGCAAAGUUUAUACGAGUACAUAUGGAGAGACAGAAAGAUGACAGUGAUGGCAGUGGCUGGAAAAUACUCCCACAUCAAUCAAUGGGAGCAGUCUAUAGUCCGAGCUAUGGCUCUCCAUCCCAAGCUGCCAUACAUCGCUAUAGCCAGACAGGAUGAUCGGAUUGAAGUGAGGUCACUAAAUGAGGCCGAUCAUAGAGUUCUCCUUCGAGACAAGAAACAAGUGGGCGUUAUCUGUAUGCAGUGGGCUCCACACUGCGACCAGCUGUUGGCCGUGGGAUCCACCACAAGUGUACUGCUGUGGCACUUGGACCCAACCGCCCCCUGCUCCAGAUUUCUCACGACAUGGGUACGGGUUGAAUGUUCCCCUGGCCACGCCCCCAUUUCAUCACUCUCCUGGUCCCCUCAAGGCAACUUCCUCGUAUCUGCCUCACCCUCCGACAGUAACCUCGUUGUAUGGGACAUUCCAAUGGGUGUGGCCACUAAAGUUCAAAGGUCAAAGGGUGGUGGUGUGACGGAUGUGUGUUGGUCACCUGAUGGAGGCCGGGUAUUUGCCGGGUGUCGUACAUCACUCUUUCGAGUGUGGGAGACUUUGAAAUGGAGUUGUGAGAAAUGGACCAACUCCACCGGACGUUGUAAGGCUGCUUGCUGGAGUCCAGAGGGUGAUCUACUGCUCUUUGCUCUCGAGGGUGACCCUUCGCUCUAUUACAUCUGUUUCCGUGGUAAUGAUCUGGCCGCUGGUUCCACUAGCGCCAUCAAAUGUGCUGAUUUGACCCCGUGCACCCUACUCGGAGAAUCAGGCAUGGAAUACUUAGUUGGAGGUUGUGUACAGGACAUGUGUUGGGACUGCACUGGAGAGAGACUGGCCAUCAUCUUCACCAGUGAUGGACCGUGUGGUGAUCUGGUGGUUGUGUUGAGAACAAGGACCUCUCAUCUGCUAGACAUCCUACCAGGUGGGUUCAUACGGGGUCAAGAGGGGGAAGUCCCCUUGACGGUGUCCUUCAAGCCUGGCUAUAUCGAGGGAGCACUACUAGUUAUCGUAUGGUCUAGCGGUCGCAUCUCGUUCACUCCACUGUGUUUCCAAUCUCCUCUUUCAAUGGCGACACCUAUUUUCCCACCCGAACAAUUGACCCCGUUAACAUCUAUCCAGCGCACUCCUCGCCUAACACGGCCGGCUCUGGGUGUGUCAGUUAGAGCAAACCACACCCCAUUGUACCACACCCCCUUGUACUCUGCCGAACUGAACAGUCACUGAUAUGUACAUGCUAUCUAUUUCCAUGUACUACAUAUGUAAUUAUUAUAAUUAUUAUAACUGUA